AUGGGAGAAACGGCGAGCAAAGGAGAGAUUAACAGCGAGAAGACUGACACGGAACAGAGGAAGAAAAGGAAGCAAAGAGGGAAACCAGCGAAUACAACUUUGAAGAUGAUUGUCAGCCACAUGUGUCCGUCGCUGGUCACCACUUUCCUGUGGAGCAAACCUGAGGAGUUCCGUGUCACCAAGUUCUUCAUGGGCUUCGGGUUGGGAGCCAUGUUAGCCGUUGGUUUCUACUUUGUUUUGGUGGAUAAAUUGGAUCUAUUUGAAGAACACAAGUUUUACAUACUUUGCGCCAUGGUUUGUGUGAUGGGGCUGGGCUGGGCCGUGUCCGUGAGCUAUCGCUGUGCGAUCCUGAUGAUCCUUCCCAACAUGCUGGGCUCCGAGGGGCGGACGUUCGUCCUGAUGUUAUUGGUGACCAUCGUCAUGCACGGUCCGGUGGCUAACAUUGAGAAGAACGUUGAGAUUGUGGGUAACUCUGUGGCUUGCACGGUGGAACUACAGAUUAACCACACCAAGAAAUUGUGGAAAAUCAUGCAGGAACCUCUCAAGAAAGUCCUCAAAGACAUGAAGAAAAACAGCGACAUGUUUGGAAAAGAAACCGACGAUGUGCAGAAGAAAUUCCAUGCAGUGAACGAUCAGAUCAUAUCCAAGGAGGGAUUCAAGGAAAAUAGCGGAUCUGUGGGCAAUGGCAGACACCUCAGCACACAGAGCUUGUUCGAACUUAAAACCAAGAUGCGAUGUGACUUUAUUGUUGAUUUGGGAAUCCAGCGAUGUCGAAAGUGGUUUGACAUUAAAUACGUAGCGUGUAUGAGGAAACUUGUCAUUCCUCUCUUCAAUCAUCUUUUCUGUCUUCCAAUGACGUUUAAAUUCCUGUGUAACAUCGUGAAGUUGAUGACACCCUGGUGCAGGGAUCGAAUCCCAGUGGAUGGAAACUUUGGUCAGCUGUACGACAAAGUGAACAGCUCCGUCAGCAAUCUCAACAACAAUUUCAAGGCAGAAAUGGCCAUCACUAGUAUGGUGCAACAGGAGUCUAUUGUAGGAGCCAACUUCAGCAAAGCGCAGGUCACGGAGACACUACGAAAGGAGCUGAUUAAGAAGAAAGAUUUGCUGAACUCCAUCGUCGAUAUCAUCACCUUAAUCCUCUCCUGCACCUUCGCCAUUUUAUUCAUCUCUGCUUUUCUCUACACGAGAAAUUACAACAAUGACAUCCGCUUUGACAACGUUUAUAUUAGUAAAUACUUUCGGCAGAUUGACUCUCGGCGAAAAGCAAUGAACAGGAAGCACCUCCUCCCAUUCAAGAAAGCUGAACGCCCCAACGUCAUCUUUCCCUGGCAACGAAAGGUCCACAGUGCGGAGAUGAGGAGUUUGGUUCUGGGUUUGCUGCAGUGUGUCCCACAGAUUAUUCUAGUUAUUGUGCUGUUUGUGUUAGACUGGCUGCUCUACACCAUGUUAGACAUCAUCCAGAGACACAGUUACAUCGAGUAUAACUUUGGGGAGAGCCAUCACUUGGAGAUCACAGUGGAAGGCACCUCAUUACUGGCUAAUCUGAUCCGAAAAGCCGUCUCUGCCUUUAACACCACACUUGACAUUCAGAUGGAGUCAAACAACCUGCGCUGUCUUCCUGUCCCGGAGAAGAUGCUGAAUUUCACCAUUGCCGCAACCAUCAUCCCCCUCAUCGCCGUCAUAUUAUUUUGCUUCCUUCAAAUCUAUGUCUUCAGGACUCGCAGGGUCAUAGCAGCUUUCUACUUUCCUAAGAGAGAGAAACAGAGAGUGCUUUUCCUGUAUAAUGAGUUCCUACGAAAGCGAAUGGCUUAUGCUGAAAUCCAGCGAAAGAGAGUCAUAAUUAGAGCCAGGAGACGUGAGCUUUGGAAGCUGCGAGGCCUGGCUGGCUUCCUCCAUCGGCACUUGCCGUGGCUCAGGGGGUGUCUGCGCCGCCAUUGCCUGGUGUGUCAGGAGAGCGAGACGCCUGCCUCCUACCACUGCCCCACCCCACAAUGCGGAGCUAUCUACUGCCCCUCGUGCUGGGAUGACCUCAGGCGCUACUGCUUUGCCUGUAUGCCCUUCCAGGAGUUCAUCUCAGAGUCCAGUGACAACGAGAACGAUGCAGUGUAUAGGAGCUAACGCUCCCCUCAACCAAACACUGCCCGCAGCCCCCCACCCCCCACAACAACAUCCGCGCACACUGAACCCACCCUAACACACACACGCACACACACGCACACACUGCCCCCCA